AUGACCCUCUCUACAGUCGAGGGAAUUAUACUACAAUGUUUAGCAACAACAACUGCCUCUACUUCCUGUACUGAUCCAAAAACUGUGUCAUUAUCUUCACCAACAACAGAUAGUAAUUUAAUUCUGACACCAAGAACACCAACAUUAAAUUCUAUUUCAAAUAUCAAUGUACGAGGUGAUGAUACAUCAUCAUAUAAUACUCAACCCGAUAAAGACAAUUUUAUAAAACUAAUUGAACCAAUUAAAAUUCCUACGUUUAAUGGUCGUCGAUUAGCUAGUGUUGUUACAACUGACUCUACAAUUAGCAGAUCAAUGGAUAAAGACAAUUGUGCUCAGUCUAUGAAACAAAAAACUUUAUACCAUUGUUGA